UUCUCGCAUUUAAAUGUAAAUGGGUCGCCAUGGUGCCAGUGUAGUUGCAGUUCAACCAGCGGUGAAACCACAUCGCAGUAUUCCUUGCGGAAAAGCCAUGACAAGUCAAUUCAAUCAGGAAGUUCUCGCCGAACACAACCGGUUGAGAGCCCAGCACUCGGCAGCCCCGUUGGAGCUGGACGGAUCCAUGUGUCGAUACGCUCAGGAAUGGGCGGACAAUCUUGCCAGAAGGAAUACCCUUCAGCAUCGAACCGAUCAGAAGUAUGGGGAAAAUUUGUAUGCCAUGUACGGCAAGACGGAUGUCACAGCCGGGGAUGCCGUGCAGAGUUGGUACAAGGAAAUUAAGGAUCACACCUUUGGACAGCCUGAUCCGGGAGUGAAGUUCUCCAAGGUGGGGCAUUUUACGCAGCUCGUUUGGAAGGAGUCCAAGCGGCUGGGUGUGGGUAAGGCCAUCAACAGCAGUAAGGCAGUGUACGUGGUAUGCAACUACGAUCCGCCGGGAAAUUUCAAGAACCGAUACGCUGAGAAUGUUUCGGCCAAGUGAGGAUGGGCAGUAGUUGACUAAUGGAUGGAUGUUAAGAUAGUGUCGAAAAACAUGUGCAGCUAGUUAAGGUUCCACAAAGGGUCACUACAUUUGUAUUCUUCUUCCGUUUGAAAUCUUCUACAUACAUCAUUUUCUAAAUGUAUUGGUAAAAUUCAUUGGCAGUGCAUGUUGCUGCGCCAAAACUAUCCAUGUUUUAUAAAUAUCAACUGGUAUGGUGAGUAAAAUUUAACCCAUCCCUUCAUUUCAAUACAACAGCAAAUGUUACGUCACAUUACCAUUACUAUAGUGCAUAAAAAUGUUUAGACAAAAAAUUCACAUUGCUAGACCGAGCUGUAUAAAAUCGUGUUAAUCCAGCUGAGCAGUGAUGCCAACAUUCUAGUUUUUUGGACGCAUCCAGACAAACACUUCUAAGCAUCCAGUUUUUUGAGAAUUCAUCCAGUUUUCAUUAUUAAUAGCACAUAAUUUGACAUAUGACAACCAGUAAAUAAUAAUUAAGACGCUUAGCUACUCAGAUUUAUUGUUUUUCCCGUUUUUUAGUCAGGGGAGCGAAGCCAGUAAAGUUUUAUACUAAACUGAUAACUGUUAUCAUUGUAGUUGAAUAAACAGCCAAGCACAA